AGUUAUAUGAACCCGUCAACUAUAAUUUGAAUGAAAAGAAGUCACGUCCUGUUCCCGCAGCCUUCCCGUUUAAUCGCCUUAUGUCACUCCGCGCCGCCGCAGUCGAAGCUUACAAAUCUUCCGAUCUUAUUUCUUGGAGAUCCACUGGCAAGCUUCAGCAAACAAUCGCCGGUUAUAUCGAGAAAACAGGAGCAACACUUCAUUCCGGCAACAGAUCAACCGUCAGGAUAUGGCCUGAGGCCGCCGGAACAGGACGGUACUUUGAUUUCUGCUCACGUUUAAUUCCAGCUUCAAUUGAUUUCGCUCAAGAUUCGCCGCUCUGUACUACACUUCGUAAAGACGGAUACAGUCUUCGAACCGUUGAACACUUGCUUUCGGCUUUGGAAGGAACCGGUGUCGAUAAUUGUCGAAUCGAAAUAGUUAGCUCUGAUCAUGAUGCAACAUCAGCUGAGGUUCCUAUCUUUGAUGGAUCGUCUUUGGAAUGGGUGGAAGCUAUUGAGAAAGUUGGGCUGACAGUUGCCGUGGAUUGCAAUGGUAGGAGUCGUGACAAAUUAGCACCAUAUAUAACUCAACCUGUUUAUGUGUCAAAAGGAGAUUCUGUUAUAGCCGCAUUCCCUUCUAAGGAAGCUAAUGUUAGUUAUGGAAUUGAUUUUCUACAGGUACCAUCUUUAGGUCUCCAAUGGUUUUCUUUGGUCUUUGGCAGUGGCACCAACUCUAUUUAUUCCAAGCAAAUAGCUCCUUCGCGAACCUUCUGCAUUUAUGAAGAGGUGGAGAAAAUGCGAAACGCAGGACUCAUCAAGGGUGGCUCUGAAGAUAAUGCUCUUGUUUUCAGUACCAGUAAAGGUUUGCUGAAUCCACCUUUGCGCUCACCCGAGGAACCGUGCAGUCACAAGAUUCUAGACUUUAUUGGUGAUGUUUCUCUCUUUGCUCGCAGUGGUAGUCAAGGGCUUCCGGUUGCAAAUAUCAUAGCUUAUAAGGCAUGUCAUCAAGGGAGGUCACACGCUGCAUGCAGAAUUUGUUCGCCGACUGUCAGGAAUUCUUGAACGACAGUGAGGAUAAGAAUCAAGAUCCUUGCCAUCUCCCUCGGUCCAUUUUUGUGUUUGUAUGUACUCAAUGUAUCCAACAUAAAUUCUAGGUCGUGCAAAGAUUAGGCUUGUACUUUCAUAGGUCGCAAAAGAACACUUCCCCAUCUUUUUUCUCAAUCUUUUGGGGAAUUUCUUCCUCACCACCAAUGUAUAUUCAAUUUUUUUUCGCCAAAUCAGUAAAUCAUGAUUAGAGGAUUUACGGAUAUGGUCAUAUGAAUAUGAAAGCAUGUAGUAUUUGCCUAUUUGGAAUAUGAUAUGCUAUGGCCGUAUGGCGAUCUCAAUUCAAA